AUGCAUUAUCAACAAACAAUAAUUCACAAACAUAUAAAUCAAUUAAAAAAUCAAUUCAAUUCCACACCUAUAUGGAAAUGUCCACAUUGUUUUACUGAAAUUCAAUUAAUCAAUAUACAAACAACACCAGAUAUUAUUAUUCAAUCGAAUCGAUUAUAUCAUAAAAAAAUUCGUACAAAUCCAUGGAUAAAUAAUUCUAAAUAUAAUAUACCUAUUACAUCUUAUUCAUAUUCUAGUUCAUUAACCGAUAGUGGUAUUUAUUUAUGUACAGAUAAUAAUAAGAAUAAGAAUAAUAAUAAUUCACAUUAUGAUUAUAUCACUCGAUCAACUACUGAAACGGAUAUAAAUAAAAAUAAUUAUUUUAAUAUUAAAAAAAAUGAUAUUCCUAUUAUACCUAUAUCACCAGAUCCUCCACCAUCACCAGCUCCAAAAUGUACACAAUGUAUUAUUAAUUUAGAAUGUUUAAAGCAUACUAAUGAAAAUCAAGACUUAUUCAUGAAUUCUAAUAAAUCAUAUAAAGGAUUUUCAGAUGAAAAAAGUUCUUCUUAUAAAAAUAAUGAAACUAUAAAUAUAAAUGAUAAACACAAUUUAUUAAAUCAACAAUCAGAUAUAUAUGAUGAUAUUUACAAUACUACUUAUAUUUCUAAUUCACAAUCUAUUAUAGACAAUGAAUUAAAUCAAUCAAUGAUAACUUCUUUCAUUGAAAAUAUGUCACCAGAAUUAUUUAAAUCAAUGAAUUUAAACAAUGAUUUAAAUUUUUCAACUAUUUAUAAUAAUCAUAGUAAUAGUGACAAAGAUCAAGACAAUUUCUGUGAUGAUAUUCAAUUGGAAAAUUUACGAACGAAUUUAAAAAUCCUUUCUGAAGCUAAAAAUGUAAUCAAUAUGCAAAUGAGAAAUUUAGGUCAAAAUUAUAUUAACUAUUUAAAGAGUAAAUAUUUAAUGAAUACAAUGAAAGAUCAAUAA